ACCUCUCCACAAAGUGUCAGCAGUUGAAAAUGUCGUUAAUUUUGAAAGCAAUCGUUCCCGUGGUGCAAUUUUCUUGUGUAUUUUGAAUAAACCCCCCCGAUUCGCCCCCCGCACAGUGCACCCCCUGCCCCACCCGCGCCGGCCGCCCCAUUUCCCCUCGCGAAACCUCUCCCAAAUUUCGACAUUCCGUUUGGCGCGCUUUGAACAAACAGUUGUUUUAAUGGCCGCAAAUGUAAUCGCUCUCGAUGGACUUUGCUGAAGAGCGACGCCACAGCAGGUAACCCGUCCGCGCGCGCCAGCCGCCCCUCAUGCGCCCCCGUCUGUUGCAGUGAUCGCAGCCCCCAGAGCCAGGGGAGUGGAGCGCUCGCGUCGGGGGCCAUGUAAGCCGUGACCUGGCGGCAGGAGUUGGCGUUGGCGAUGACGUCCGUGAAGGCGAAGGGCAGAAAGGGCGCCGAGCCCGAGGAGGCCGCCGUGCCGGACUCCACCACCAGGGAGGCGGAGUUCUGCCCCGGCCAGGACGUGCUCCUGAAGCAGAAGGACGGCAGGUACUACUUGGGGACGGUGGUCGAGGUGGACGGCAUCAGGGAGCAAUGUCUGGUCAAGUUUGGGGACAACACAGACAGCUGGUCAAGCUUCAAGGAUCUGACCAAGCUGAGCACGCCCCAGCAGGAGGACCUGCUGUGUGUCGUGUGCAAGAAGUCAGCGCCCAAGAACAAGAGGGAGAUCACGGUGUGCGACAAGUGCGGCAGAGGGUAUCACCAGAAGUGUCAUCAUCCGGAGAUUCCAGCUGAGUGCCAGAAAGAAGAUGCGACAUGGGUGUGCAGACGCUGCUUGAGCAGUGAACCUCAUAGACUGAAAAAAAGUGAUUCGAAGCAUCUCAAACGAGAAUCUUCUCGAAACACAGCUUCAUCAAGUACUGAUAGUUCAUUUACUGCUCCCAUAACAAAAGUAUUACCAUAUGAAUUAAACUCGCUUACUUGGGAUACAUAUCACAGAGUGAACACGGAACAUACCUACUGUUACUGCGGGGAUAAUGGCGAAUGGUACAAACAAAUGUUGCAAUGUGGUAGGUGCAAACAGUGGUUUCAUGAGAGAUGUUUAGAUUGUUUGCAAUAUCCUUUGUAUUGUGGCGACAGGUUUUACGUUUUCGUAUGUUCAAUUUGCAACCACGGUAAGGAAUUUUUGAGAAGAUUGGAGAUGAAGUGGGUGGAUUUGGUCCAUUUGAUGUUGUUCAAUUUGACUGUGUACAAUAGCAAGAAGUAUUACGAUCUGGAUACGAUCAUCAUUCCUUACAUUAACGACAACUGGCACGCGUUACAGCUUCCACCAAAGAUCGCUUCGGUGAGCAGAUCCGAGCGCCGCGACAACAUCCUCUCGGUCCUCACCAACAACCGGAAUCGCUUCAAGUGCGGCCGCGAGAUCAAGAAGCGCACCACGAUAUGGGGCCUCCGAGUCCGCCUGCCCCCGCCCGCCCCCACCGUGACGAUAACGUUCAGCGGGCGCGUCUCGGAGGAGGAGCUCCGCGAGAUGUGGCAGGGGAACCGGCGCUUGCAGUUCCUCUCCCCUGCUGAAGGCGUGGUCGUGCCGUGCGACAACCACAUGCGCGGCCUCAUGAUGGGCCUCGCCUACCAACAGAACAGCAACCCCUCCGAGACCGACUCGCCCUGCCCCAGUCCCGAAGUGGACCGCGAGGAGCCCGCCCCCAUCCUCGCCGGCUGCGCCAAGAAGACGGUGCCGUUCUCGAACAUCGGCAGCCAGCGGAGGAAGAGGCUGAUGUCGGCCAGCGGGCGCGACCGGGACCGGGCGGGCCGUCCGAAGCGGAGAAACACGAACGACGGCGUGUGCCGGAACGAGUCGGAGGGCGGGUACUUGACGCGGCUCAGCCUCGACAACAAGAGCUACAAGAACAGCGAGUCGCUGCCGCUGACCCCGCCCACGUCGGUCUCGGCUCCGCCCACGCCGCCGGCGUCCGGCUCGAAUUCGCUGCUGUCGGACGACUUCUCGGAGCACUCGACGGCGAAGGGGGGCAAGGCGAAGGAGAACGGCGGGGAGAACACGCCCUGCGACACGUCGGGAGACGAGACGUCGUCGAAGAGCACGCUGGAUUUGAUCAUACCGCCGCCGAAGGACUUCGAGGGGAAGAAUAAUCCGUUCUUGACGUUGCUGAGGGGCGCGGGGGAGGACAGGACGAAGAAGAAGGGGAAGGAGAUCACUUUACCAUUACCUUUAACUGCUGUGAUACCGGGCAAACCUGUCAUGAGACCGACCAAACGUCAGCUGAGUGAAAAAGACAUUUUCAUUGGACCAAACGGGGAGGUGAAGAGGAGGAGGCUGAGGAGGAAUAGGUGUCACCAGAUGUACGUGGCGGGGCAGACGGCCAGUAAGACGGCGACGGUGAUGCCGGUGCGGACGGACGCGAAGGAGUGGGGGCAGAGAGGGGCGCAACCGGGGACCAGUCAAUUGAACGGCUGCGUGGACUAUGCCCUCAACGGGAGAAGGUUGCGGCAACGUCCGGAGAAGCCCCCCGAGAAAGAAAAAACGCCGCCAACGCCGCCUUCCAAGCCCAGUCCCGUCAAGCAAGAGCCCGACAUCAACAUGGACGACCUCAAGACUUCAGUAAACAUGUAUUUCGGUGCGGCGAACAGGAUCGCCGCCGGAGAGCGAUUCACAGUGAGGGCGAAACGGAUCGGACCUUCGGGAAAGAUGGAGUUCCUGAUAGAAUGGGAAGGACCCGGAAACGGGAUGACUUGAUCCAAGUAAUAGACUAUACUACUUUCAUUGUGUUCAUGUGACCAUUAAUCUAUGUUCAUUUCGGCGCACAUGGUCAAAUCGAACAAUAUUUAUUUAUUUUGUUUAGCGUGUGGGCGUCGGCCGUUAAGGAUGUAGAGAAUUAGAGAUCUUGUUGUGGCAAGUUCGUCGUCGGAUUGCCACGAGCAGUUGUUAGCUGUUUUUGUUGGUGGGAUUUGUUUGGAAUUCUGGUGCUUUGUAAAUAAAAUUGUGACGAAUGUUUGGUUUGUGGCCGAGGGUGGGAAAUCGUCGACGGGUUUCAGCAGCUACGCUGGUGAAACGCGUCGAUGGUUGGACGGUAUUGCCAGUUGGGUUCAGAUGCCACAAAAUGGGGGCUUUGUCGUCUCUCUUUGAGUUCCUCGUCACUACAAUUGGACAAAAUUUCCAUGUUGCCAAAGAUGGAGUAAUGGCGGCCGUUUAAUCGUAUGUCUUUUAUUUGCGUAGCUGAAAAUCAAAUGUAUAUAUAGUCGUACCGUAAUUUUAAACUACUGCCAAACAAUAUUAUGAGUCACUGCCAUUAUUGAAAAAUAACAUGAGUCCUAAAUGUAUGAUUGUAAUUCAUUUGAUGUAUUUUUCUUUAACAGUUGUAACACUUGUGCGUACACGGUGUAUGAAAAGUGUAAUUGGAUGUAGAAAUUUCAUAUGUGAUGUAUAUACAGAGCAGAUUUAGUGUAAAUCCAACUAAAGUUGUGAUAUAAAAAAAUGGAAAAAAUUAGGGAAUAUUAAUUUUAAUCGUUCGAUGAUUUACUCGCCAUAGCGUGUAUUUGGAGUUGAAAAUUACAUGGCCUUGACAUUUCUAUACACAAAUCGCGAAGCAUAUUUUCAAUAAUAUUAGUUGGGACAUAAGUAUAUUUUGUUCAUCACCUCUUAUCUUAAGUAUGUAGUUAAUGAGACUGAACUUAUUUUACUAGUUUUUAUCCGGCGUGGAAACACCCUUUUUAUUUGUAAAAAAAAGUGUAAAUAAUUUGGCCUAGGCCGUUCUAUAUUUGCAGAUGUGUUGAAGUGCGCGUGUAACGCCACUGUCUUCAGUCAAAAUUUGUAUUUUUUAUUAAUAUUAACGAUAAUUGUUAAUAAAGCAACUUGUAUUAUA